AGAAAUGAGAUGUGUCUCCACAGAGUUUCGCGCCAGCUUUGAUGCACGUGGUAUAUUCCCCGCGAAGUUCAUAACAAACCUUUGAUCAUUCUGAUCUGUUCACUGACUGAUUUCCAACUUAUUAUUGCCAAGUUGAUUGCUUCAAAAUGGCAGGUUUUGAUGAUCCAGGAAUCUUUUUCUCUGACAAUUUUGGAUCAGAAGAUCAACAUGAUGAUGGCAGGAUAAAUCGAACUGCCUUGCAACGUCGUUUCAAGGACUUUCUGCGAAAGUUUCACGAUGCAAACUUUACCUACAAAUACAGGGAUGAGCUAAAGCGUCACUACAACCUGGGUCAUUACUUCUUAGACGUCAGCCUUGAUGAUUUGGCUAGCUUUGAUGAGGAUUUGGCUGAUCAGUUACAGAAACAACCAGCCGAGUACCUCCCACUGUUUGAGGAAGCAGCUAAGGAAACAGCUGAUGAGGUGACUAGACCCCGCCCCGAGGAAGAAGAGGAUGUUCAAGAUAUCCAGAUCAUGCUCAAAUCUGAAGCCAAUCCCAUCGCAAUUAGAAACUUGAAGUCUGAAGAAGUCUCGAAGCUGAUCAAGAUUCCGGGCAUCGUGAUUGCUGCAUCGGCUAUCCGUGCCAAGGCAACCCGCAUUACCAUCCAAUGUCGCAGCUGCAGAAACUAUAUGCCUAACCUGACUCUCAAGCCUGGGCUAGAGGGUUACUCAAUGCCUCGGAAGUGCAACACUGACCAGGCAGGAAGACCAAAGUGCCCAUUGGAUCCAUUCUUCAUUGUGCCAGACAAGUGUAAGUGUGUCGACUUUCAGAUCUUGAAACUCCAGGAAGCUCCUGAGGAUGUACCAAAUGGUGAGAUGCCAAGACAUCUACAACUCUUCUGUGACAGGUAUCUGUGUGAGAAGGUUGUUCCUGGUAACAGAGUGACUAUCAUUGGAGUCUACUCCAUCAAGAAGGCUGGACCCGUUUCCAAGCGCACACGUAAGACCAAGGUGACUGUAGGAAUCCGCAGUCCCUACAUCCGUGUUGUUGGUAUUGAAGUAGACCAGGAAGGGCUCGGAAGGACUAGUACUGCCCAUCAUAUCACUCCCCAAGAAGAGGAAGAGUUCAGGCGUCUCUCGGCCAAUCCCAACAUCUAUGAAAUCAUCGCUCGAAGUAUUGCGCCCUCUAUCUUUGGAAGUAUAGAUGUGAAGAAGGCAAUUUCGUGUCUGCUGUUUGGUGGAUCCCGUAAACGUCUCCCCGAUGGUCUGAUGCGCCGUGGUGACAUCAAUCUCUUGAUGCUAGGUGACCCUGGUACAGCUAAGAGUCAGCUGCUCAAGUUUGUGGAGAGGGUUUCUCCUAUAGGGGUUUACACAUCAGGAAAAGGAAGCAGUGCUGCUGGUCUUACUGCAUCAGUCAUGAGGGAUCCAGCUACACGCAACUUUGUGAUGGAAGGUGGUGCUAUGGUGCUAGCUGAUGGUGGUGUCGUUUGCAUCGACGAGUUUGACAAGAUGAGAGAAGACGAUCGUGUGGCGAUCCACGAGGCUAUGGAACAACAGACCAUCUCCAUCGCCAAGGCAGGGAUCACUACAACACUGAACUCAAGGUGUUCGGUUCUAGCUGCUGCCAACUCGGUGUUUGGAAGAUGGGAUGACACUAAAGGAGAUGAGAACAUUGACUUCAUGCCCACCAUCCUGUCUCGUUUUGACAUGAUCUUCAUUAUCAAAGAUGAACAUGAUGAAGCUAGGGAUAUGAGACUAGCCAAGCACGUGAUGGGUGUCCACAUGAAUGCACAGGUCUCUGCUGCAGCCCUGGCUCAGGAGGGUGAACUCAGCCUUACCUUCCUCAAGAAAUACAUUGGAUUCAUCCGCAACAAAUGUGGACCUCGUAUCUCUGAUGCUGCCGCGGACAAACUGAAGAAUCGUUACGUUCUGAUGAGAAGUGGAGCUAGGGAUCAUGAGAUGCAGACUGAUAAAAAGACUAGCAUCCCAAUCACUGUCAGGCAACUGGAGGCCAUCAUCCGUAUCGCUGAGUCCCUGGCUAAGAUGAGGCUAAAACCUUUUGCUAGUGAGGAGGAUGUAGACGAGGCUCUAAGACUCUUCCAGGUUUCUACUUUGGAUGCUGCCAGGACAGGAAACUUGUCAGGUGUGGAAGGCUUUGCAACCCAAGAGGAUCAGGAGGAGUUGAAUCGUAUUGAGAAGCAGCUCAAGAGAAGGUUUGCCAUUGGCUCUCAGGUCUCGGAACACUGUAUCAUGCAGGACUUCCUCAGACAGAAAUACCCCGAACGCUCCAUCCACAAGGUGGUCCAACUGAUGAUGAGACUGGUGAGUGCCAGUAUCGCAUGCAACGCAAGAUGCUCUACCGCAUCAAGUAAAUACCACGACCUCCAAGCCAACAACCCUACGUCUCUACACCUAAAACUAACACUUGGUCCUUGGGGUCAACCUGUAUCUGAAAGUAAUGGUCGUAUAUUGUUUACUUUUGAUAUAACCAGUGUACACAGUCCAGGGUAUCUUGCAUAAAAUUCAAGUGCGAUCGAUCAAACGGGAAUAUCAUACGCAACCGCGCAUUGCAUAAAGAGAGUUGCGUUUGGUCAUAUCUAUCGUAAAGUCGCGUUUGAUCUGAAAAGUUGCACUUGAAAUCAAUGCAAUUCUUUAUGCAAUAGAAUUGCAAUCAAACACAAAGUUCUGUUUGCAUUUUAGGAAUUGCGUUUGAUUUUCAGAGUUGCGUUUAAACGCAACUCUUUAUGCAAGACGACCCAGGAAGUCACCUUCUGUACACAAAAAGUGGACCUUGCUUAACGAUCCUGAAACUGAUGACAACAGUGAUGAAGAACCUUAUACGUAGGUUUUACAAGUGUUAUCUGGUAUUUACUUGACUGACUGACUGAACAAAAUCUGUUAUUUCACCAAGUUAUUCAUGUUUAUUAAUUGAGAUAGAUUUGUUAUAUUGCUAUUGUGUCACUGACCAUACUAUUCAUUAUUCAAUGUUGUGUAAAUGCCUGUAGCAUAGUGUUUAUAUUUAUGAAGAGAUUAUAAGAUAAGUCUUCUUUACAUGGAUAAUUUUUGUAAACAAAUAAAAUAAAUAAACCAGUGAAUAAAUGCAAUUGCUAUGUCU